UUCAGACGUACCAUUUUGUACGAGCAGAACGCCGUAGAACUCACGCAGCAUUUUUUGGCCUUCGUUGACUGACGUUGACACUUUGAUAUUCAUGUAUUAGAGAUGUACAGAUUUGUACAUAUUUUAUUGUCAAACUGGACAAAAUUGUGAUGCGUAAGGUUGGAUGAAGUGUGUAACUCGAAACGACAGGUAACGAGGAUUUAACGAACGGGAUUGAUUGGUUGAAGCACUCAGGCGAUCUAAAACUGAGGAAAUCAGACCGUUAAAACACUCAAAAUGGGCAACUCUUCUAAGGAGGACACAUACGCCUACUAUUACCACACGAACUACAUCCGGAAUGCCCGGGCCAUCGCUAUCGCCUGGGCCCUCUUCACCUUCUGCUUCGCCAUCAUCAUGUGCGUGGUGCUGGUCCAGCCGUACUGGCUGGGCGACGGGCCCGACGCCACGGGCAUCGGCUACUUCGGCCUGUACCGGUACUGCGUCAGCUUCAACCUAGCCGGUCAGCUGGUGUGCCAGAACGCGCUGCUCGACGUGUCGCAGGCCACCCAGGUCAUCCCCGUCACCAUGUUUGUGGCCACCAUCUUCGUGGCGGUGGCGGUGGCUUUCCUGCUCCUGUCCAUCCUCUGCAUGCUGCUGUUUCUUUGCAAGAAGCCCAGCACGGCCACCGUGUUUAAAAUAUGCGGAGCACUACAGUUAGCGACAGGGUUGUUUCUCUUGAUUGGCAUCCUCAUAUACCCGGCCAGUUGGUCUCAACUCGCCGCGUUUGUCACCAUCUGCGGGCCCGACGUAUCCUACGGUAAUGCUGGCAAGUGUCAGCUGCGCUGGGUCUUCUAUCUGGCCAUCGUCGCGAUCUUUGACGCCAUCGUGCUGGGCGUCUUGGCCUUCAUCCUGGCCAGUAAGCAGGAGAAGCUGGCCACAGAUAUGCAGUUCUCUGACUACUAUCCAGCCUCCAAAGGGAACUUCUCCAAUGGCAAAAAGAAGUCAUCAGUCAGUGGCUACCCGACUGCAUCAGGUGAGACUGGCUACCCAUCCACAAACCGCCAGAACGGAACAGCCGGCUCCCUGGACCGGCGCAGCAACCACAGUGGUACCACUGCCUCGGACAGGGAUGCCAGCCGGUCCAACGGGGGCAGCUCGGUCAACCGACGGGGGACGGACGGGUCUGAUCCCCUGUAUUCGAGUGUUGUACCACGCCGGGAGCGGAGCCGCGCCUCCAGCAGCGCGACAGGUGGGGCCGAGGGCGACGAUGAGGCAGGCAGCACGCGCAGCGGCAUCUCAAGCAAGUCGGGCAAAUCCAGCAAGUCCAGUAAAUCGGGCAAGCACGUGCACGACGUUGUCCUGUAAGUCAGGGUAAUAUUCCCGGGCAAGAACGUUGCACAAAAGCACAUCAGUUGUGCAACCAAUUUAUAAAUUUAUCAUAUAAACUACUACAGGUACUCGAUGACCUUUAAAAGCAUUGCAAACUUCACUGAAUAAACUGUUGCACCUGUAUAUUCUCAUUCUAUUCUAAGAAUGGAAUGCUUUGAUGAGCAAGUGUAAGGCAUGUCCAAAUCAGCUGGCUAUGGCCUAAUGUAGCACACAUCUAUAAGCUGCUAGCCAGUACGCGGCUUCCUAAGGUGCACAUGUUAUUUCCAGCCACAGCCACAACUUUUAGACAAAGCCUUUGUCAGCCAUCAAUUCAACCUGCCCUGAUGCUUGGAAUGUGUUCAGUUCAUACACAUUGACAAUGCCGGUGUGUGCCUGUAUGUAAACUCAACAUGUACAUGUUGUUAUCCUUAAUACUAAGACAUUAUUCCACCAUUAACCAUGCCUGUAAGCAAUGGUUUCAGCAAGGAAUCCAGAGUAAUGUGCAAAGGAUAGUUUUCUCACAAAAAUUGACGAAAUAAACAUACAAAUAGGUAAAAACUGAUGGCUGUAGUAACAAGUAACCUCAAGAGAGGACUUUAGCAGUGAACCAAAACACGUCCUGCAUCUACUGUACAACGGGGUUUGAAGCAGACAUCUUUUUAAUGCCGCCUGGCAUUGGCGAUGCCAGGGGAAUCAGUGUGUACAAUAAUCAUAAUCGUUUAAGGAAAAAAACGAAGGCUGAAUAUCUGUACAGCAUAUGUACAUACAUUUAUUCUGUGAAACUUUAAUUUGACUGGUUGUGGGAAAAACACAAGUUUUUAAGUAGGCUUUUUUAUAGCUUGCACAUCAAGUGUUAAUGAUAAAAAGUUUUGGUCCAUAAAUUUGAAUGUUCAGUUGAAAAAAUGUGAACAAGCUUCUUCUGACAUGUACAGAAAAUUUAACCCAACUUCUGAAACCUGUUCAUCCUGACAAUUGGUCUUCAUUUUCCUUUACAUGUAUUUAAAUUCCUUGCGCUAGAGUUACUUAAUUUGUUCAAUUUAUCCAUAGUUUUAAGACACUUUUUUAUACAAAAAAUGUACAUACACUGUAGGCUCCGUUUUUUUUCCACAUUUUAUUGUUUUCGGGUAAUGUUAACACACGCAUCUACUGCAUACAUUAAAUUCUAGGGCUGGCCACCUAGAGGAGAGAAUUCACUUUUAAUGACCAAAUUUGUGUAAAGUAACUUUACUUUCACAUGUAGAAUUGUUUUUUUCUUUAAUUGUACAAGUUCAAGUAUGUUGCACUCAUGCUUAAAUGUGGAAAUGGAAUUCCUCCUGAAGUCAACUAAGUACAUGCAGUCAAGCAUUGCGAUUGGCUGUUUUAGUUAAGCGAAAAAAAGUCCCUUCAUGAGGCAAAGAUUAGAGAGACCAUUUAAAAGUUGAGUAUCUUGACCUUAUAGAUCUUUCAAAUUAUUCCGGUCAUGAAAGAUUUGGUAGACAACAAUAUUAUGCCACAGUGUUCCUAAUCAGAGGUGGUUUUGUAAAGGUUCCAGGCAAAAAUUCUCAAGAGAUUAAGGUUCAAUUUUCAUUCUCAAAUUAAUUGAAGAGGGACUUUUUAUCAUCAAUGCGUGGUCAAAGUGGACAGGGUUGUGAAAAUUUUGUUAUAAUGACCCAAGUUUUGACUGAUUUGAUACAGUUGAAUUGGGGAAUGGCAAAGCAAUGUCAUCAGAUUUUUGGUUCAAAUCAUUUGCCUGAUCUUCAGCACAUCCAGGUAAUUGCCUGAUAGAAUGGCAGUGCAAUCCUAUUCCUCAUAUAAUUAAACCGGGCGCUCACGUAAUCACACCGGCCAAUUUGAUAGCGAUAAAAAUGCCAACAUCUCCCCAAAUCUGUUUGCCACACAGAUCAAUUAUCAGUCGCAGUGCAGAAUGUGGGACGGUGACACGCCCAGAUGUCGCACACUGACUCAUGAGACCAGAUUUGUUUUUCUUUAUUGUGCACACUCGUGUACUGUGUACUUAACAAAUAUGUGACAGAUGUACAUGUACAUGUAUGUACAAAUGAUGCAUGUAGUGCCAAAUCUUGAUUUACUGGAUGAGUAUCGUAUAUUUAUACAAGACUGCAAACCUGUAUGUAUACAGGUGUAGGUAUCACCUGUGUUCCGUUUUCAGUGUUAUUUGCAUAUCUGGUUAUGUGGGUGCACUCGGACCUUGGACCCACAUGUACAUAUAACACCCUGUACCACCCAGACUGAUAUCAGUGUGUUCAAGUGCAAACCGGUAUGCAUUGUGCAUGUGCUAAACUUAACUUGAACAUCCGCCUUUGAUAUCGCAAACUUUUUAGUGGUACAUUUUUCAAGGAAUUAUUGCAGGAGAGGUGUUUGUAAUCGUUUUGAAUCCAUAUGUGUAAUUCAAAGACUGUCAUUGGGUCUUCACUCAUAUGGGGGGGGGAGAGAUUCUAUUUGGUAUUAAAUAAAGCAUCGAGGUGACAGUUACCGUGGUAUUGCAUGUACAUGAACAAGUGCAUUUCUCUUUAAAGUGCCUUUAUACACGGACGAACGCAAUUAGGUUCUGGUCAAACCAUUCCUUGAACUUUUGCCACAACUUACCACAGGUUUUAUUGUUUCAUUCACGCUAUAAACCGGUCAUAAAAUUGCUGCUGGGUGUGUACAUGUAGAGUGGGCCACACUGCAAGUACAUGUAGAUUUAAGUUGGAAACUAAAUAUUGCACAUGCUCUCUGCAUCAGUCCAAAGCACACAAAUUCGGUUGUCAGUUUGCACUACAAUAUAAGUAAAAAAUGAGAAAAACAGGGAAAGGUUACUCAUGGUUUUCUGGAAAGUCUCCAUGCCUGAAUAGUCUCGGGUUUUCGCCCUUCCACCAAGCAACUGAUAAUAAAGAUCAGUCCUUCUUUCUGUCGGCAAAACUUUCCAGCCAAGUACUUGCAGGCAUAAUAAAGACUGUGUGGAAGUCUAGGAAUUUGUAUUGUUCGUGCGAUGUGAUCAAGCAACCAUAAUCACUUCACGUCCUGUUUUACAGGCAGGGUGAUGUAAACAGUGCCUUUUACUGUGAAAGCCAACCUUCAUAGUACCAUUCUUGGGUACAUGUAUUUCGUUUUUGUGUAUUCCUUCUAGCUAGAUUGUCUCAAGACCUAAACUUCAGGCCCUCUUACUUUUGAGCUUGAUUUUAAUAUUGAUCUAAACACACAGAUUCCAGUACGUGCAGAUAAAACUGCAGUAGGAAUCAGGCAUUAUCUUUUAGUUUAAAAAUGGGAAAAAGCUGUGUACAGUUCAUCAAACAAUUUUGAAAGAUUGGAAUUGAGAUGUCGGUAUUUUUCGACAAACCUAGCUUUUCCUACCCUGUAAUUUACAAUGUGGAAUCCCCAAUGAAAGACACAUCCAUCUAUGGUGUAGAUUUACAUUCGUGACUUACAUGCGUUGUGCCAAAAAGGAACAGAUGUCAAUCUCAAGAUUCUAUAUUUUCAUAAAGAGAUGUCAGUUCUGAUUGGAAAGCUUUUUACAGACUUGUAAGAUAAACUCUAAAUUUAUGUGACACUGAGCAGGGAGAAGUCUCGUAAAUGCUGUAUAUUUUCAAAAGUUGCAUUGGAUAGAGUAUAAUUCUGAGAUACAUGUAUAUACCAGGGCUUGUGAGGGGGACUUAUACUACAUAAAAUGAUUUGCACAUUAAUAUUGUUUGUCUAGAAAGUUGAUCAUGCAAACCCGUAUUUGAGUAAUAAGUCUAUACUGACAAAUACACUAUUGUACCUGUGAAGUAUAUAUAAAACAUUGUUUGUGCCUUAGGGUAACAUUUUAAGGUUUUGUGUAAAAUGAAGCAUGUAUUCCUUUGUACACUUCAAUUGUUAUGCACCAAUGAACGUGUAGCUUUGAAAAAAGGUAAUAAUUAUUUUUGGUGAACCUGAAUUUGUUGGUUGUAUGCAUUUUGCUGUGUGACACUACACACCCCUCACUAUGCAUCAGAAUCAAUGCACAGACAUGUUGUAUUCUCACUUUCAGCUCUUCAGAAAAUCCCUUUCGGACCUCCCAUUCUGACUUUUUGCGACGUGAAGAAAAAGCUGAUUGCUCUGCGUACAUGUACACAUGUACAUCUCUUAAUGAAUAGCUAUUUCUGUCUGGCUGUAAUUUGUAUGAUUUGAAUGCUUUCUUUCUCUGAUUUCGUCUCAUCUUAAAAGUGGUAAGAGCCACAGUGUUGACAGUACUUUAUGGUAGAUAUGACUGUAUUGAUUCCUUUUGAUAGGGAAAAUUACUUAGUAAUUCAUUUGAAAACAACGAAAUCUUGUGAGUCGAAAUCAGGAGGCAUAUGGCUGUAAAUAAAAGCCCAGUAAAUGGGAAAUCUG